UCACAACAUGCCCAUGAAUUACACAAUUCUCUUAGUUACAGUUUGCUGAAAUGUAGACUUCUUUUUGAAUGAGUAUGAUGAAUAGAUUGGAAUUGACUGGAAGACAGAAAAGGAAAAGGCUUUGAGAUUGGAUACAGUAUACAGUCAUGAGGUUUUUAAGGCUUUAGGCACAACAAUACUUCAGUGCUUACACAGCAUUGAUGACAGAAAGAUACAGUGUUCUAGCUGGUUCCUAAUCGAUUGCUAGUGUGUUGAAUGUGAUUGUUAGCAUAAAUAGCACUGGUAGGCAGGCGGUCAAUAGACAGACUAUUGCUAUGGUGUUAAGUGGUUUGUGGGGCAUACAGACAAGGAGUAGAGUAUAGCACACUACGGCAGAAGAAUAGUUUUGUCUGAUUAUUUUUAUAAACAUUUAUAGAAUGAAAAAUAGACCUUUAACAUUUUAGAACUCCAUAGUUUUAUAGGCACAUUUUCAGCAAUCUUGUGCUGUGAACAGAAAGCCUCUCGGCUUGUGUGUGCCGUGUAUUUUCAUGUGUGAGAGUGCGACUCACAGAAUUCACAGAAACAGAGAUAUGAGCUGUGUGUCAUUUGAAGCUUUUAGAUCCCGUCUGUUCAAUCUUCCACAGGAGAAGAAAACACUACGAAAGGCCAAACAAAGAUCUUCUUGCAAUUGCCAUUCCUGUGAUUUGUGCUGUAGAGAUGGAGGAUCAGCCAGCAGGAGGUGCAUCAGAGGUGAUCACCACCGUGACAGGGGGCAGUAAACCUUUGCACCGCUUCCUCAGAGGACAACCCAAGAGUAUUGGAGUUGUGCUGGUGAUAAUGGGUAUAGGUCUAUUCAUGUUUGGAAUUCCUAUAACUACGGAAUCAUAUAUACAAAUCUUAGAAGAGCAGAAGAGCAGCACCCCAUUCUGGAUUGGGACCUUGUUCUUUAUCUGUGGCCUUCUUUAUAUACUGUCUGAACGCAACCCCUCUAAAAAGAUAAUCACAGCCAGCCUUGCUCUGAAUAUCAUCUCAAUCAUUGGAGUGCUGAUUGCUUUGGUGGAAUUCUAUAAAGCAAUUGAUGAAAUCAAUUACAUUGUCAAGUACUUCAAUUUUGAGGGUCAAAAGUAUGAGAAUCAGAGCGGGGAGGAGGAACUUUAUGCCAGACAACAUUAUAUGUUGGUCAGAAACAUGGAGCUGGUGUUCUGCUGUCACAGCGUGAUAGGAGGCGUUCUGCUUGUAACCAUGUCGUUCUUCGUCAGGGCCGCGUUGAAAUCCAGCAGGACUAAGGCGUUUGUUGUAAUGCGGAGCCUGCCGUCAGCAGAGUGAACGGACUGAAAUCAUCUGUCUUAAUGAAGAGGAGCUGGCAUCUGUGAGAGCGCAUUAGAAAAUGUCACUAAUAACUAACUGUGAUCUUUAGAGUUGCUUAUACACAGUGUAUUACAUGGUAAAAAAAAAUGAGUAGUAGUUUUCUGUGUUAUUAAUAACAAUGUUUUCAACUGAGACCUACAAUGAAAAUAGCAUUCAUAGUGUAGGGACAUUUAUUAUUUGGGUUCCACAGUAUAUUACUAUAUUAAGUGUCUCUAAUACCUGUGUACUUACAUAGUUACUAAAUGUCUACGGAGUAUGUAACCACAGUGUAAGUACACAUUGUUAUACUGUCUCUACAGAUGUAAUAUUUCUGUAACACACAUGUAACAACCCUCAGGAUAGUUUGUCUAAGUAUAAAUGUGUAACAGGACAGACAGUGACUACACCUAUUUUUGUAUUUUUUAUUCUUUUACUUCACAAAGUACUCAUUUAACAGGAAUUAUAUAACUAUAUCGUGUAACAGCAUGUAUAAGUAAUUGGAAUCAUUUGAAGGGUGAAGAUGGGUAGGUUUAGGGAUACGUAAUGUAGGAGGAGUUGGAUCUCGAGGUGGAGU